CAUAUAAAAAGCCAAUCUAGGCUCUGCGGGACUGGUGCUGACUGCAACCAUGACAAAGCUUAUUCUCCUCACAGGUCUUGUCCUUGUACUGAAUUUGCAGCUCGGCUCUGCCUACCAGCUGACAUGCUACUUCACCAACUGGGCCCAGUACCGGCCAGGCCUGGGGCGCUUCAUGCCUGACGACAUCGACCCCUGCCUCUGUACCCACCUGAUCUACGCCUUUGCUGGGAUGCAGAACAACGAGAUCACCACCAUCGAAUGGAAUGAUGUGACUCUCUACCAAGCUUUCAAUGGCCUGAAAAAUAAGAACAGCCAGCUGAAAACUCUCCUGGCCAUUGGAGGCUGGAACUUCGGGACUGCCCCUUUCACUGCCAUGGUUUCUACUCCUGAGAACCGCCAGACUUUCAUCACCUCAGUCAUCAAAUUCCUGCGCCAGUAUGAGUUUGACGGGCUGGACUUUGACUGGGAGUACCCUGGCUCUCGUGGGAGCCCUCCUCAGGACAAGCAUCUCUUCACUGUCCUGGUGCAGGAAAUGCGUGAAGCUUUUGAGCAGGAGGCCAAGCAGAUCAACAAGCCCAGGCUGAUGGUCACUGCUGCAGUAGCUGCUGGCAUCUCCAAUAUCCAGUCUGGCUAUGAGAUCCCCCAACUGUCACAGUACCUGGACUACAUCCAUGUCAUGACCUACGACCUCCAUGGCUCCUGGGAGGGCUACACUGGAGAGAACAGCCCGCUCUACAAAUACCCAACUGACACCGGCAGCAACGCCUACCUCAAUGUGGAUUAUGUCAUGAACUACUGGAAGGACAAUGGAGCACCAGCUGAGAAGCUCAUCGUUGGAUUCCCUACCUAUGGACACAACUUCAUCCUGAGCAACCCCUCCAACACUGGAAUUGGUGCCCCCACCUCUGGUGCUGGUCCUGCUGGGCCCUAUACCAAGGAGUCUGGGAUCUGGGCUUACUACGAGAUCUGUACCUUCCUGAAAAAUGGAGCCACUCAGGAAUGGGAUGCCCCUCAGGAAGUGCCUUAUGCCUAUCAGGGCAAUGUGUGGGUUGGCUAUGACAACGUCAAGAGCUUCGAUAUUAAGGCUCAAUGGCUUAAGCACAACAAAUUUGGAGGCGCCAUGGUCUGGGCCAUUGAUCUGGAUGACUUCACUGGCACUUUCUGCAACCAGGGCAAGUUUCCCCUAAUCUCCACCCUGAAGAAGGCCCUCGGCCUGCAGAGUGCAAGUUGCACGGCUGCAGCUCAGCCCAUUGAGCCAAUAACUGCUGCUCCCAGUGGCAGCGGGAACGGGAGCCGGAGUAGCAGCUCUGGAGGCAGCUCAGGAGGCAGUGGAUUCUGUGCUGGCAGAGCCAACGGCCUCUACCCCGUGGCAAAUAACAGAAAUGCCUUCUGGCACUGCGUGAAUGGAGUCACGUACCAGCAGAACUGCCAGGCCGGGCUUGUCUUCGACACCAGCUGUGAUUGCUGCAACUGGGCAUAAACCUGACCUGGUCUAUAUUCCCUAGAGUUCCAGUCUCUUUUGCUUAGGACAUGUUGCCCCUACCUAAAGUCUUGCAAUAAAAUCAGCAGUCAAAACA